GCCGAGGUUGUCAGAGUGGCGCCAGUUCUCUACACUCGGACCCGGAGAAGUUCUGGCUGCAUGUGAAUGAGUUCAAGUGACCAGCGUUAAAAUAAAGAAACAAAAAACACACUUUCUUAACAGCGCUUUAGCUCGUGGGCAACUUCAGAUUUCGAAGUCGACUUAUUUCACCUGAAAACCAGCGCGUGCAGCCAUGGCUCGUAAGGACUAUGUGGCAGAGAAAGAAAAGUGCAAAAGGUUCCUGCAGGAGUUUUACACUGAGGAUGACAAUGGGAAGAAGGUGUUCAAAUAUGGAGCACAACUUGUUGCACUGGCCCACCGAGAACAGGUGUCUCUCUUUGUUGAGCUGGAUGAUGUGGCCGAAGAAGACCCCGAGCUGGUCGAGAGCGUCUGUGAAAAUGCUAAACGCUACGUUGGCCUGUUCGCUGACGCCGUGCACGAGCUGCUGCCGGAAUACAAAGAGAAAGACAUUGUGGCCAAAGAUUCUUUGGACGUGUACAUUGAGCACCGGUUGAUGAUGGAACAAAGGGGCCGUGAUCCAGCUGACACCAGAGAUGCCCGUAACCAGUACCCACCUGAGCUCAUGAGAAGAUUUGAGCUUUACUUCAAACCACCCAGCACCUCGAAACCCAAAGUGGUACGYGACAUUCGGGCUGAAAGCAUCGGCCACCUGGUCACAGUUCGAGGCAUCGUGACUCGYGCCACCGAGGUGAAACCCAUGAUGGCUGUGGCUACGUACACGUGUGACCAGUGUGGCGCUGAAACCUACCAACCAAUCCAGUCUCCCACCUUCAUGCCCCUCGUCAUGUGUCCCAGCCAAGAGUGCGUCACCAACAAAUCCGGAGGCCGGCUCUACCUGCAAACCAGAGGCUCCAAAUUUGUCAAAUUCCAGGAGCUGCGUAUUCAGGAGCAAGGAAGGAUUUUAUGAGAAACUAGCUGGCUCCAUCGCACCAGAAAUCUACGGGCACGAAGACGUCAAGAAGGCCCUGCUCCURUUGCUGGUUGGAGGAGUGGAGCAAGCCCCUAAAGGCAUGAAGAUCAGAGGUAAUAUAAAUAUCUGCUUGAUGGGAGACCCUGGAGUUGCCAAGUCCCAGCUGUUGUCCUACAUUGACCGACUGGCUCCUCGGAGUCAGUACACAACAGGUCGGGGGUCAUCUGGRGUCGGUCUGACGGCAGCUGUGAUGCGGGACCCUCUGACUGGUGAGAUGACGUUGGAAGGGGGUGCCUUGGUGCUGGCUGACCUGGGCGUCUGCUGCAUCGACGAGUUCGAUAAAAUGGCMGACGCUGACCGAACGGCCAUCCACGAGGUGAUGGAACAGCAGACCAUCUCCAUCGCGAAGGCCGGCAUCAUGACMUCCCUCAACGCCCGUUGUUCCAUCCUGGCCGCAGCCAACCCAGCCUACGGCCGCUACAACCCCCGGAAGAGCAUCGAGCAGAACAUCCAGCUGCCGGCUGCGCUCCUCUCCCGUUUCGAUCUGCUCUGGCUCAUCCAGGACAAACCGGACGCCGACGCCGACCUGCGUCUCGCUCAGCACAUCACCUACGUCCACCAGCACUCCCGCCAACCCCCCACGCACUUCACCCCCAUCGACAUGAAACUGAUGAGACGUUACAUCGCUCUGUGUAAAAAGCGCCAGCCUGUUGUGCCGGAGUCCCUGGCAGAUUACAUCACCGCUGCUUACGUUGAAAUGAGGAAAGAGGCUCGAGUCAGUAAAGAUACCACCUUCACCUCAGCGCGUACCCUCCUUUCCAUCCUCCGCCUGUCAACUGCCUUGGCUCGACUUCGCAUGAUGGACACGGUGGAGAAGGAGGACGUCAACGAGGCUAUGAGACUCAUGGAGAUGUCAAAGGAUUCUCUGCAAGCUGACAAGUCCAGCACCACCAGAACGCAGCGCCCGUCCGACGUCAUCUUCUCUCUGGUGCGCGAGCUCGCCACCGAAGGCUCGGCGGGGCGCGGCGGAGCAGGCAAGGUGGUCCGCAUGGCCGAGGCCGAGCAGCGCUGCGUGUCCCGCGGCUUCACGCCCGCUCAGUUCCAGGAGGCACUGGAGGAGUACGAGGAGCUGAACGUGUGGCAGGUCAACCAGGCCCGCAGCCGCAUCACCUUCGUCUGAACACACCGGGGACUCGUCCUUCGCACCACGCUUCGUUUCAUCCACCUGGUUUUUGUUUUCCAGAUCAGUGUUGGGGCUCUUUAUGUUGUUGCAUCCAGCAUUUUGUAACACGAGUCAGGCAGAACGUGGACUUCCUUUACUGCCYGACUAAUAUGAAAAGAACAUCUGCUGCUGCAGAUCAAAUGCUUUUUAUGUUGAGGAUUCCUGUUAACUAUUAAACUGCUUGUAAAUAUGUACGUCAGAACAUGUUAUAGUGUAAUAUCGAUUUAUUCCCCAAUGCUUCCAGUGAAGCAAUUCUGUACAUUUUAUACUUGUACGGCAAGUUGGGCACAAAUAUUAAGCCUUGUAUGAGAACAGAAUUAUAAUAAAUGGUUCAAGUACUUCUGA